AUGGCUAAUCUCCCCAACUUGCGUCGCCUCUUCGUCGAGGCCCGAACGGAGGUCGAGGAGAACGAGUACUCUCGAACAGCGUUUUACAAUCUCGUCCUAUUCAUCUCGUCGGUUGCCGUCUUCAGUCUUGCCGCUCAGCGCAUGAGCGGUCAUAAGGCCCGAUGA